AUGACACUAAAUUCUCUACCAACUGCAUCAUCAACUGAAUCAUCUGCAUCUUCAUCGAUAGUAGCACCAUCGACAAAUUACAACCCAAUAUCAUAUCAAAAUAUCACUAUUGACAGAGAUAAUGAUGAUCCAGAUCAUCCAGAAUCUUACAUUUCAACAGAUACUCAAACACCAAAACCAGAGGAAGAAGAAUCAACCAAUGCUACAACAAAUAAUACUACAAAUAAUACUACCAACACUGUGAAUAAUAAUACAACAAAUGUGGCAUCACCACAAAGAGUUGGAACUUUAACGAUUUUAAGAUCGACACCAUUGAUUAGUGCAAUCUUUGAUCAUCAAUAUGAAAAGGCUGAAGAGUUGAUCACCACCUCUCCACAUAUGAUCAAUGUUGCUGAACCCAAUCAAGGUUAUACCCCUUUAUUAUUAGCUAUUGAAAAUAAAAACAAAGAGGUUGCAUUGGAUAUUACUAAAAAGUUGAUAGGAGCUGGUGCAAUGAUCAAGGUAAUGACCAAAGGUGGACAUACUCCAUUUGGACAGGCUUGUUCAUUUGGUAAUUUAAAGGCUGCUCAGUAUAUGGCUGCCGUUGACCAAUCACUCAUCGAUGAAAUCCUUCCAGUUCCACCUAUAUUGUUGGCCGCUGAAAAGGGACAUUUAAAGGUAGUACAAUGGUUGGGUGUCAUGGCACUCCACCAAGCAAGUUGCAAUGGUCACUUGGAAGUGGUUCGUUUCUUUGUAGAGCAAUGUGGAAUGUAUAUCGAAGAUCGUUCAAACUUGUUGGGUGUGACCGCUCUCUAUAUGGCCAUUGAACAAAACCAUUUAGAGGUUGCCAAAUACCUAAGAAAGGCCAACCCUAAUGUACCCCGUUCCGAUAGUUUCUUUGGUUUGUAUAUGGCUGCUCAAGGUGGAUUAACUGAAAUGGUAAAGUUAAUUCUCAGCUAUGGAGCCGAUCCAAAUCAACGUGUAUCUGCUGGCAAUACUCCAUUGGAUAUUGCAAGAACCAAAAAAUUCCCAGAGAUUAUUCAAAUCUUAACUCCAAUAACUUCACAAGCACUGUGUAAAACAUCACCAUCUGAUGGCGCACCAGCAUCCAAUUCUUCUGGUUGUAUCAUUAUAAAAGAUCACUUUUUUUAUACGAGUUUUUUGGAUCACCUGAAAGAUUGGGAUACUGAAGCCUACUUCUUGUUCUACAAGAUUAGUGAUCCUCAAUAUAAAUACUCUUUAAAUCAUGUAAAUCAUCUACUAGUUAAACAACUACCAACUCAAUCUUGUUAUUCGCAAUCGAAUAAGAAAUAG